AAAACAUUGGGCAAUGUGGGACUUAUCGAACCGUGGCAGCAACAGGUCCUAGUACGGAAUCCUAUAAUGAAUAUACACCAUCGACUCAUUCAUUCCCAUCUGUAGAUGCGUUUAAUUCUCCUCAGUUCUUCUCAUCUAAUCUUUCGUGGCCCGUAGCAACAACCACAUCAACAUCAUCAUCAUCAUCAUCAUCAAUAGCAGAAGAAGAAGGUACACUGAUAGACGCUAUGGCCAGUAUUUCAUUAGUCCUUAAUAGCGGCCGUAUAUCUGCUCCUAGCUCUACUACAUCGUCAGAUAUUAAUCACGUUGAGACAGAAGAGCAGAUUAAAAAGAGCAACACCAGCAGCAGCAGUAGCAGGAAGACGUCUGAACGACUAAAGAGCAGUGAACUGACACCAGCAUUUAAAGCUGGAAAAGAUUUACCUUCCAUCUAUCUCUACUCUAAUUACAACUUUCAAAAUCUGCAAAGGGAAUUCAAGGUCAUCCUGCCUCGAUACAUUCCAUCGUCCUCAACACCUGUAUUCACCUUGGUCGAUAAAACACAAACACUAGACAAGAUGCAAUCUGAACUCCCCUCAGGUCUAAGGUUCCCUCAAGGGCAUAUAUACCAGAACCAGCUCAUCCUCACAGGAACGUUAAUUGUCCCAGGAAAGGCUCCUACGCUCGCCAUCUAUUCCUACAACUUGUUGUUAGAAAAAUGGGAGCCACUGGACAUGGAUAAAACAUUGCUGACGGGUUCAUGGAGUAGGACAGUCCUCCAUCCUGCCACGGGAACACUGCUUAUUUUUGGUCGCCGUGAUUCUGAUGCAGAGACAGAUUAUACGAGUCGAAUCCAGCACCAUGAACAUCUGAUGAUGAUCAAUUUGCAAGCGUUUGGAUUAUAUGAGCGACCCAUCCCUUCGUUUUCUGUCCCAGCACAGGACUUAGGCCAGGAUUUGUUACGGGGACCUGGAUUGAACGAUAUGCAUGUUGCUUCAAUAUCUGGUACACUCUUUGACGCCAAUUCGACCAUUCUAGGAGCCAGAUGGCCUGAAUUCUCAUCCAUGCUGCUGUCUCCACCGUAUGUAACGCCGCUAAUCCUGACCUUGCCAGUACCUGACGAGGUAGUGCCGGUUUUCUUACAUUACCUUUAUACAGGAGCGUUACCUGCCAAAACGGUGAUCACUCCAGGUAUGGCUGAUUACUUGCUUAUUCUUGCAAGACGGUAUCAGCUCAAUGGGCUCCAUGCAUUGACAGUUGAUCUUUUGCACCAAAGCGUUGUCCAUAACCCUGUACGGAUAUACAGCUCUGCGUUGAUGGCAGGGGAACUUGGACUUCAAGCAAGAGCAAUUGGGUUAGCAAUGGCUGCAUUGCCUACGAAUGGCCCCACUAUAGCCCCACCACGACCACCAUCAUCAUCUAAUGCAGCACCUCAGAACUCAGAUAUGCCGGGAUUGUCAUUCUCAGAUCCUAGACUGGCAAUACCACCCAGAAGAAGGCCAUCUACGCAACCUCGCCAGUUAGUUGAUACCAGCUUGAGCAGGGGCUAUAGUAAUCGAGUCCCACCACCAUCAAUUCGACCUCCUCAGGCACCGGAGCGGCAUGAAGGCCCUCGAGAUAGCAUGAGCACCGAUGGUGGCUUCAGCGUUGUGGGCGAGACUCUCCUACAGCAGUAUAAUCCCGACGCGGCUAACGUAAUAGAUGGCAGCAACGUCAGCAACAACAGCCAACCAUCAGGGACAGCCAAUGUGUCGUCAUCCCAAGAUGUUUCGCCGUAUACUCCUUCUCGUUCCGCAUCUAGACAACGUAAGGUGCGAUCGCCACCUCUUCCACCCCAUUUACAACAUCCUACAUCCUUGGGUCAUCCUCAUCCACUGUCAGUGAUCAGUACAGGUUCUGGAGGAUCCUAUGAGAGCCCAGUUUCGUCUCCAAUUCACCUCAGAGGUGUAGGUAGUGGACAGCAACUUUACCAACAGUAUCAACAGCAACAGCAACAGCAACAACAUCAGCUAGCUUAUCCUUCACCGUUAUCCCCUAAUAGCCAUUCGAUCUCAUCCUUCGCUUCACAGGGAGUAAAUCUUCGUGGCUUUGAUGUUGGUGCCCACAGUGUUUUAGGCUUUGAGGAUCAAGACGAUGGAUCAUCCAUGUAUUCAGGAUACCAAGGACAAAAUCAACAGCAUCAACUACGGGCUCAGCAAGCAAAGAGACGGCUUCAGAUGCAGAUGCAGAUGUAUUCUGAUGCUUCUGUUGAUCCUCAACAAGUCGAAUUCACGAGACAGCAGCAGAUAUUGUUAGAGCAACAGCAAAUGAGAGAUGAAGAAAUUAUGUUGCAACAACAUCAACAGCGGAUGAGACAGCAGCAACAGCAACAGCAACAGCAACAGCAACAACAACAGCAACAGCAACAGCGACAGCAACAGCAACCCAAAAUAGCGGACGUAGAACAGCCGGUUGUGUAUCAUAAUUCUGCAGCAGCGACCAUGGGAGCAUUGGAGUAUCAUGCAGGAGGAAUGUCUAGUUAUAAAUCAUCAAAGGGUAGCAGUGGAUAUGCGCCUAGCCACAUGACAGUCGAGACAACGAGUGAAACGGUCACAUCUCAGAAAUCCAGUAACAGCAGCGGUAAAGCUAUGAGUGUCAAGAGCCAGGGCAGUGAUAAGGACAAGAAAAAAGGGCUAUUGUCCAAGAUGAAGCCUCCAAAGCCCGCUGCCAGUGGAGCAGAGUUGAUGAAGAGCGCAGGAUUUUAGUUUGUUGGAAAAGUAAUUGGG